GUCAUUUGCAUUAGGUGCUCACUCACUCAUUUACUCACUUAUAAAGUCACUCCGUUGGCCUAAUUGCCACAGUUGCCAGACUGCGGGGAAAUCCCUGUGUCGCAGUUGUUGAUAGCCGUUCAGCUGUGCUUAAAAACUUCCGCAAUUGUGUUCACCGGAACACCGUUAUGUUGACUACAACGAUGCUUAUCGCAUGAGUUCAUCUCAGCUAGCUGUGUUAAUUCACUGAGCAUGACUCAUUGGUACACUUGGAGCAGGUGUUUUGAAAAGUGUCCCGCUGUUUUCAUGACAUUAAUCGUCCUAAACGCCAAAUCAACUUUAUCUGUGUUCUUGGCUCCGACAAGCACUUUCUGGAUUGAAGAGAAUUUACCUAAAGGUAGCCUUAUUGGCAAUCUGUCUCAUCCGGUCGAAAUCUCGGAACUAAAAUAUCGUGUGUAUACAGAACUUGCACAGGGUAAAAUUGCUCGUUUUUUUAAUGUGGACCCAAAAGAUGGAACGAUAUAUGCGGAGCAGAAUAUUGAUCGUGAGGCGUUGUGUGAGAACUCGGUUUAUCCAUCAAACAGAGAAAGUCAAAGCGCCGUUGAGGUUAUUUCCUCGAGGAAUACCUAUCAACAGAAUACAAUGCUUUCAGACAAAAACUCACCGGUUAAGAAAUCAACAUUGGGGACUAUAGAUAGAGAAGAAAUGGAUAAUACUGCUCAAACAAUUUCCAAAUCCGCCAGUUGUAUGGUUAAUUUUCAGGUUCACGUGGCUCUAACUUUUACUGAUGGAACAACAGUCAAUCGGAUAAUAGAUGUUCAUGUGAUGAUCGCAGAUAUUAACGAUAACUCGCCACAAUUCAGCUCCCCAAGUACCACGCUUCAUGUGUCGGAAAGUUCCCCAGUGGGCUCCGAGUUUCGUCUACCCCAGGCAUUUGAUGCGGAUCCGGGCUAUCACGGGGUGGUAAGUUACAAAAUCAUGAGAGCCAACAGCAAAGUAGAGAGUAAAAGUGGGAUAAUGAAUUGUAAUCUGAACAGUACUGAACAGCCUUUAAGGAAUUCAUUCUUCUCUAUGUCUGUUUCUAGAGCAGGACAUACAGCUGAGAUAAUGGGUAACGACCACGCAUUUCCGUUUGCUGGAGACUACUUUAUCUUAAGAACCCAUAAAAAGUUAGGUGGUUUGAUUCAGCCGUACCUACAACAGAUCCAUUUGCUCGAUCGAGAGCAGCAUGAAAGCCUAUAUUUCUGCUUGUUAGCAGAAGAUGGUGGAGGAAGGCAAGGAGCUAUGUUGGGAAAAAUAGAAGUUUUGGAUAUAAAUGAUAACGUUCCUCAAUGGCUUGGAUUACCUUUUAAAGUCACGGUAUCAGAAUGUGCUUCCCAGUCAAUGAGAGACUUUGGACAGCCAGGUAAUUUUCACCCAGAUUCCGUUAGUGGGGACAUCCUCAGGUUAAUAACUACCUUACAUGCGGAAGACAAAGACAGUGGUCGCAAUGGUAAGAUAUCAUACAGAUUGAGUGAAAAAUAUAUGCCUGGGGCAUCGCAAAACUUGAAAAACAAGCCACCUGCAAUAAUAGUUAGAGAGAAUCAAGUUUUACUUGCAUCAAAAUUAGACUAUGAAAGUGUAAGACAGUUCCUAAUACCAGUGGAAGCGGUUGACGGAGGCGGUUUGGUCAACGUCACAGAAAUCGAAGUUGUGGUAGAAGACUGCAAUGACCACGCACCCAUAAUAAACGUUAUUCCGCUUAACACCAUUGAAUCAGUCUAUUUCACAUCAAAACGAAGUCGACAGACGUCUGAUAAGACAGUCCUUGCAGUACUGGAAGAGGACAGUAAGCACAUCGAAUUGGCCACCAUAAUAGUACAUGAUCUGGAUGAAAAUGAUAACCGACACAUCACCUGCACACUUGAUCCAGGAGCAGGAGCAGGACCGUUAUCUGAAAUGAGUACCUUCGGUUUGGAUCUGCUUGAACCCUCAGGUAAUAGUCAAUCAGACCUCAAUCGAAUUACAACAAAGCCUGUGAUUUUUACCUUCUACAAACGCGAAGGGGCUACUCUUAAUCGGGAAGUUACCUCUUCAUUAAUUGUAAACAUAUUGUGCUCAGAUAACAACGUUAAUUCUCCACAUGAAACACGGAAAUUACUCAACAUCAAAGUGGUAGAUGCAAACGACAACGCUCCACAAGUAUCUCGUACGGAUCAUCGUAUUGAUAAGCAAGAUGUUAUCAUUACGCAAACGCUGCACGUCGUAGAAAAUGAACCCAUCGGGACCUAUAUUGGUUCAGUGUACGCCGUGGACGCAGAUGAAGGUAUAAACGCUAAAUUGCACUAUACCUUUGCAAAACUAAAUACUGCUUAUCCCGAUCAACAUGAGGACGGUGUGAAGGAAGCCACUGGAGCUGAGCUGUUCGAAAUGGAAUCUUCGAGUGGCAAAGUGUUUACUCACGCUCCGUUGGACCGCGAACGAAACGCCACAUUCGUGUGUAUUGUCAACGUUUCGGACUCAGGCAACCCCCCACUGUCUUCAAUCGUCCGUCUGCGUAUAAUCGUGUUGGAUGUCAACGACUCACCACCUAUGUUUAUCACGACCCCUGGAGAGAACGGGCGUAUCUUGUUUUCAGUAAAUGAAUCUGUGGGAAAAUCACAUGUUCACGGACGCCUUGUAGGACAAUUGCAAUCAACUGACGCUGAUGAAGGGCAGAACAGAUCUGUAAUCUACGAACUUGUCGAAGGACUCUCCAUACCGAAAGGACUAGCUGUGCGUUAUCGUGUCACACCUAAAGGCAAAAUUUACGCUGAUGGUAUCAUGGAUCGUGAACAGUUUCCCGAACAUCAGUUUACUGUGAGAGCGUUUGAUGAAGCUCCUAUUGGGCAUCAGCUCACUAGUACAGCAAUCGUUGUUGUUUCAUUGUUGGAUAUUAACGACAGCCCGCCAACAUUCGUUUCCCCACCUUCCAGCGGCGAUAGUGGACUCUUUACAGACGUGAUUAAUGUGAGCGCAAGAAUACCGCCCGGUUCCGUCCUCUAUCACAUACGAGCGACUGAUCUUGAUGAACCGAGAAACACUCAGCUACAUUUCACAAUCCGAUCGGCGAAAUUCCUUUCCGACUACUUUGUAUUACGUCCACUAAACGCACACAUAUCUGGUUCUAAUAGAAUCACUGAUUCAGGUGCCGAACUAAUACUAGCAAACAGUCUAAAUCAAUUGCCGACAGUAAAUCCAGGUAUGCACAAUGAAAGCAUUUUCCAUGAGGAUUUAUCACAUGAUCUUUUGGCCAAAGAAUAUUUUGUCUAUAUUAUUGCUAAGGACAGUGAAAUUGAACCAAUUCAUUCUUGUACAGCCCGCUUACGUAUCCACGUAUAUCCAGACAUCAGAGUAGAUGAUGCGCAGAUCCAAGUUGGAUCAUUUGUUGCAGUGAAUAAAAGCACGGAUCCGAGUACGCUACACAAUACAGAGAUCAUAGGAUCUCAUUUGCUCCCGAUGAACUAUUUCCAGAUUGAGCAAGAUGAUACAAUUCCGAUGGAAAGGCAAGGAAAGGCAUCCGGAAUGGCCAUGAUUUUAACGAUGUCCAUUGUGAUUGUGUGUAUAUUCCUUGGGCUCUUUUGUUUCGUGGCUAUUGUAUAUAUUCGCGGAAAUGUACUCAAUUCCCCAUCGUCUCUGCAAACACACGAACCGAGUGAUAGGAAGCGGAAACUAACAAAAACAACGUUGGGAGAGACACCCCACGACAUUGGGUGUGACGAUGCGAUGUCUGCAUGUGACCAGGCCGUAUAUUUGGAACUACUGAACCAAAGAGCGUUGUCUGAUGGAUGCCGAACAGCCACAUCACCGCACUGCGUUUCCGCCGACAGCUCACUUAGGCGUGGUGAGCACGCUUGCUUUUGUGUCGCAAAACCAAUCUUACCGAUUACGGACGAAUACGGUGCAGUCCCAAUGCAUCUAUCAACAGCGCCACAAUACGAUAGUCGCUGCGCAUAUUCGACAUUUACCAAAGAUGCUGUCUACUUAGCACAUGCGUGCGUGCCAAACAAAGUUAAGAAAGACAGGAUAGCAUCGUCAACCGAAGUAAAUUUCUACAGUGACGGUGAACGCCAUGGACAAUCAGCAAGAAAUGAGGACCUCGACCCAUCAUUUAUAGAGAUUUCUGGACAAACGCUGGAUAGAAAUUUACAAGAAUAUCAAGGAAAGCCGCGCGAUUUUUCAGUGAAACCAAUAGGAAAUGUUUGCCAACAUCACCUACGUUACAUGCCAGGUUUCUGUGAGAAUGAUCGUGAACUUCAUCAAGAAAGUUGUGCAUUAUAUUCGUCUGUUCACUCUAAGGAUAACAGUCAAAAGCCUACAAUGCCGUCACGGGAUAACGAAUUGGAAUGCAUACAAAUAGCAAAAAAGAUGGUGGACCAUGAUAUGGAAUCACACGUUAUGCACAGCAUAAGCACAUUGAGCCGAAGUCCAAAGCAAUUGUUUUCACGAAGUGUGACAUUUGGAAACGCAGUUAAUUGACUGCACCAUAACAGCUGAGGCAAUUUACAUUGUAGGUGCACAAAUGUUUAUGAUUCUGAAAGCUGUGGGACAUUUGCAACGACAACUGUAAAACAUGUUUAUGAUAAAAGAUAAUAGCGAAUAGUGUUG